CCCGGACAAUAAACAGCCGCGCGCGGGGCGAUGCCCGAGCCGGUGUCGCCGCCCCCGCGCCGCGCAGCCCCGGCCGCCAGGCCUUAGUCCGCCAGGGCCCCCCGCCCCCCGCCCGGCCCGCCGGCCCCCGCCCCCGCGCCCGCCCGGCGCCCGCCCCCGCCCAGCAUCGCCGACCCACCCGGACCUCGGCGGGGAAAUGGAGGUCCUGGUGGCAGAGACCACGUCUCAGCAGGAGCGGCUCCAGGCCAUUGCAGAGAAGCGGAAGCGGCAGGCUGAGGUUGAGACCAAGCGUCGGCAGCUGGAGGACGACCGUCGGCAGCUGCAGCACCUGAAGUCCAAGGCCUUGCGGGAACGCUGGCUGCUGGAGGGGACGCCGUCCUCUGCUUCGGAGGGAGAUGAGGACAUGCGGAGACAGAUGCAGGAGGAUGAGCAGAAGGCGCGCUUCCUGGAGGAGUCCAUCUCCAGGCUGCAGAAGGAGAUUGAGGUGCUGGAGGACGCGGGCCCGCUCACCGCCGCUGCUGCCGGGGAGAGACCCGCCGCCCCGAGCCCGGCCAAGGACCAGAAGGCAGAGGUGGUGUUGGAUUCUCAGCAGGCCCCGGUGGGCACGCCCAAAGAGAAACGAGUCUCCAACACCCCCGUGAGGACGGUCGAAGGCUCCACCAUGAUGAAGGCAGCCAUGUACUCGGUCGAGAUCACGGUGGAGAAGGACAAGGUGACUGGGGAGACCCGGGUGCUGUCCAGCACCACCGUGCUCCCUCGGGAGCCGCUCCCUCAGGGCAUCAAGGUCUACGAAGACGAGACCAAAGUGGUCCACGCUGUGGACGGUACCGCGGAGAAUGGGAUCCACCCGCUGAGCUCCUCCGAAGUGGAUGAGCUCAUCCACAAGGCCGAUGAGGUCACGCUGAGCGAGGCAGGGUCCACGCCUGGGACAGCGGAGACGCGGGGGGCGUCCAAGGAGCCCGUGCAGACCACACCCUCCAGGCGGGAGAUCACGGGAGUGCAGGCGCAGCCGGGAGAGGCCACAUCAGGCCCGCCGGGCAUCCAGCCGGGCCAGGAGCCCCCGGUCACCAUGAUCUUCAUGGGCUACCAGAACGUGGAGGAUGAGGCCGAGAGCCAGAAGGUGCUGGGUCUGCAGGACACCAUCACGGCGGAACUGGUGGUCAUCGAGGACGCGGCAGAGCCCAAGGAGCCCGCCCCACCCAACGGCAGCGCGGCAGAGCCCCCCACCGCUGUGGGCUCCAGGGAAGAGAACCAGGUGGGGCCCGAGGCCCCCGCCAGCGACCCCCAGGACCUCGACACGAAGAAGCAGCGCUGUAAAUGCUGCUCCAUCAUGUGAGCCGCCCAGCCUCCCAGCCCCCAGCCCCACCCUCCACACCACAGUCCCCCACCAGCCCGGCCCCGGUGCCUGCCCACCCUCCACCUGCAGUCACGGGCCCCAGGACAUGAGGUUGUCACAUGUUCCUUCCAAGUUUUCUUUCAUUGGAAAGAGAGGGACAGGGGUCCCCUCCCCCUCCCCACCCCCCCGACACCCCCAAACCACUGAGCCGUGCACCUACGCCUGGUAGGAGAACGACAUGGACAGACCCACUUUCCCCAAAAUGAAGGGCACCCCCCACGUCACGGCAGCUCCACAGAAGCGGCUCUCAGCCACAGCGGUCCUGGCUGGGGUGACCGGGGGCCUCGACACAGCCCUGGGCCGGCCAGCCACCCUCUGGGCCUCCUGCCUGUGCCUUCCUGCCACCUCCACUGAGGUCCCUGAGGGGACAUCCUGCCGGAGAGGGACCCGGAGAGCCACGGGUUCCUGGGAGCCCGCUCUGUCCCCCGCUUAGCCCCUGGGAGUGGGGCUUCCCGGCCAAAGCUCUGGCGUCUGUAGCUUGGACAGUUGGGGUGAGGCCAUGCCUCUCUGGGGAGUCUCGGUCAGAGGUCAGGUUCAGGGUCUUGGAAAGGAGCAAGACCCCUCUAGGCACCCCCAGCCUGACGUGUCCCUCCCCCCAUGCCCUCUUUGGGCGUGGCCAGUGGAUGAUGGAGCCUGGGAAGGGAGAGCCCCCCGGGACACGCCCCCCCACUCGGGAGGGGUCCGUGACCCCUGCACUGUGUCCUGCAGGUCGGGCCCUUAGGGCUGCCCCUUGCACAAGGCAGGGCCCCACGAGCCACUUCUUGUCCUGAGCUCCGACUCCCACUGGGCCCUCCUUCCUCCUGGUGCUAAUUUGGGGACCCUGGGGGGGCUGCCCAGGACCUGCUUGGACCAGGUGCUGGGUCCCUCCAACCGUACCCCAGAGAUCAGGCCACUGUCAGCUCCCCUGGGCUGGGCACAUUUCAGGCAGCGGCGGGGCGCACGCAGCCGGGGCAGAGGGCUUCCUCAGCAGGAGACCCCGUUCGCUGCCCCGCCCGACGUGAGCCUGUCCCCCUCUCACCGGGAGGGGUGAGGGGUGAGGGGUUCCCCUCCUGGGGGCAGCCGAUACCGGGAUGCGCACACACAUCUCCCUGAUCAGCCGCACUUGCCCCCCAGAGGCACGUUUGUGCGCAUGCUCGCAGACCCGCACCUGUGGGCUGUGGUUGGUGAGGCCCCAUCUCGGCCCCUCCCCGAGGGCCUCCCGCCCGGUGCCAAGGGCAGGUGCAGGGCCCUCCUCUGGCCGCAGCCUGGACCCCGACGCAGCUCUGCGCCUCGGUGGCAGGGGGAGAGGCCGGUGAGGUGACCCUGGGCGGUGGCCGUGGGACCCCCUCUUCCUCCUUGAGUCCUCGAGCUGUGAGCCUCCGCUGAAGUGCUCUUGCCGCCCCUCUGCUUUUGAUGUGUGUGACAAGGCCCUGACGUUCUUGACUUUCCCAGAGAAGCAAAUAAACAGUGUGAACAGCC